UUCAUUUCAUGUUGACAAGCACAAUUAACACAAAUAAGCGAUUAACCAGAGAACAGGAUCAAGUUCCAAAUAGAGUAACGAGCUAGCUACUGCUACAACGCUCGCAAUGAAUCAUCAUCUUCAUUCCCAAAUGCAAUCCAAUCCCAAUUAGACAGAUCUAGGGUUUCCCUUUCUUUCUUCUUCACCGGAGCACCACCGCACGAUCAACAUUAACCCACCGCGAAGCCAUGAAAUCGGCACAGUCCUCAUUCCGAGAUCGGACACACGAAUUCCAAAACAUUGCAGAGAGGUUGAAGAAAUCAGGAUCUGGACCCAAUGGACCUGCCACCACCACCACCGCCACCGCCUCCUCAUCCAGAUCGGAGGAACACCGUUCCGCUGUUGCUAUGCAAUCAGAAUUCAACAAAAGAGCUUCCAAAAUCGGCUACGGGAUUCACCAAACCUCUCAGAAGCUCUCCAAGCUCGCAAAACUGGCGAAACGGACUUCGGUUUUUGAUGACCCUACCAUGGAAAUCCAAGAGCUUACUAGUGUUAUCAAGCAAGAUAUUACUGCGCUGAACUCUGCGGUUGUUGAUCUUCAAUUGGUUAGCAAUUCUAGGAAUGAGAGUGGAAACGCUUCGGCCGACACGACUAGCCAUUCGUUCACGGUGGUGGAUGACCUCAAGACGCGGUUGAUGAGCACCACCAAGGAGUUUAAAGAUGUUCUCACCAUGAGAACUGAGAACUUGAAAGUACAUGAGAAUAGAAGACAACUGUUUUCGUCCUCUGCUUCCAAGGAAUCUGCAAAUCCUUUCGUCCGUCAGCGGCCGUUAGCUACGAGAACGGCUGCUAGUGAAUCUAAUGCUCCUGCACCCCCAUGGGCUAGUGGGCUGGGGUCCUCGUCGUCUUCUCAGUUGUUUCCUAAGAAGCAGGUUGAUGGGGAGAGUCAACCGUUGCUGCAACAACAACAACAGCAACAGCAGCAGCAGUUAGUCCCACUGCAAGACAGUUACAUGCAAAGCAGAGCUGAGGCUCUUCAGAAUGUUGAGUCCACUAUUCAUGAGCUCAGCAACAUCUUUAAUCAACUAGCAACACUUGUUUCCCAACAAGGAGAAGUUGCCAUCAGGAUUGAUGAAAACAUGGAUGAUACAUUGGCAAACGUAGAAGGGGCACAAGGUGCUUUGUUGAAGUAUAUGAACAGCAUAUCUUCUAAUAGGUGGCUGAUGAUCAAGAUUUUCUUUGUAUUAAUAUUUUUCCUUACGGUUUUCUUAUUUUUUGUGGCAUAAUCAUUUCGGAGAAACGACGAUUCAAAUGGCAAUACAAAUGACGGCCUUCUCACUGAUGAUUAGCCUCCUGUAUUCCAAUAAUAUUUCUAUCUCCAAAUAUAUGUUCAUUCCGGCAGAGUUUAGCUUAGGACCUUGUGUGUCAAAUUUUAUACUUGUAAGUAUUGAUACAUAUAACAAGGUAAAGAACUAUAUGCAUUGCAUAUUCUAUGUGUAUCUUUGUGAUUUGUGGUGAUUAUUAUGCAGUGGGGGCUCUCUGUAAUAUUGAGGGCAAAGAAAAGCAAUGACUAGAUAACUCUGUU